AUGGCUUCCUCAAAUCCCAAGCCCAAGUUCGAAGUCCGUGAGUACACCACACACAAAAACCCAGCACCUGCAUCUCCUUCCGCCUCCAUCAUCCUUGUAUCUCCUACCAACGAGAUCCUCCUUCUCCACCGCGUCAAGUCCUCUUCCGCCUUCCCCUCCGCCCAUGUCUUUCCGGGCGGCAACCUUGACCCUCAAGACGGCGAGCUGCCUUCCGAGCCCACGGACCCGGCCCGACAUAAAGACUCGUCAGCAUACCGCACAGGCGCGAUCCGCGAGCUGUUCGAAGAGACAGGCAUCCUCCUUGCUAAGGAAUCCACCUCUGCCACUUCCCUCCUUCCCGUGUCCCCAGAGGCCAGACUCGCAGGCCGCAAAGCAGUCCACUCUGGAAAGAUCAGCUUCAAAGAUUGGCUCUCCUCGCAAUCGAAGGACGCAGUGCUGCACACUGAGGGCCUCAUCCCUUUCACACAUUGGGUCACUCCGCCGAACGUUCCCAAGCGCUUCACCACUCAGAUGUACCUGUACUUCGUCCACCUGAAAGAGACCUCUAAUCCCUCCAUCCAUGCCACGGCCGACCAGAUCGAGACCAUGGCUCCCGAGUACCGCCCUGCGGCCGACUGGCUCCGCGCUGCGCAGGCAGGCGAUGUGAUCCUAUUCCCACCACAAUUCAUCCUGCUGUACCUCGCAUCGCAAUUCCUCGACCGCGUGGAUCAGCUAGAAGGUAGCAAGGAGAUCUACGGCGCGAAGACCACAGCCAUGGACAUCGUGAAGCGACGGCGGGCGCUGUACGAGUUCGUGACGAAGCCCGGACAGAACGGAGGGCCGGCCUGGAGCGAGAAAUUUAUCAGCCCCAUUGGCAAAGGGGUGCAGCACGAUGGGAGGCAGGCGCUGGCGUUGGGAAAGCCCGGUCCCGAGCUCAAGGACAGUGGGUUAUCGGGAGACGAGGAGUAUGUAGUCAUGGUGAAAUUUCAGAAGGAGGGACCCCGGCAGUUGGAGGUGAGGCGGAAGAGCGAGGUGGCUGAGGAAGGGAGGAAGGCAAAGCCAGAGAAGUUAUAG